AUGACUUUGGAUUUUCACUCCCCUGUGAUUACUGUAACCAUGGCAUCUGCAAAAGUGAGAGAAGAAUUAUGCUGCUCUCUCUGCCUUGACAUUUACUCAGACCCAGUAUGCCUGAGCUGUGGACAUUACUUCUGUAUGAACUGUAUUGAGAAUGCCUUUGGGAAGCAGAAAGAGUCCAGGACUUACACUUGUCCAGAAUGUAGAACCGUGUUCAAGAAGAAACCUGAUCUGACCAGAUGCCGGAAGCUGUGUAACAUUGUGGCACACUUCUCUGACAAGACAAAGAAAGAUGGUGUGGCUUUGUGCACGUAUUGUAUUGGCUUCAUUACACGUGCUGUUAAAAGAUGCUUUCUCUGUGAAGCCUUCUUGUGUGAGGAACAUCUCAAAGUACACAGCAAGUCACAGGAACAUGCCCUAACAGAGGCCAAUUCCAUCCUGCUAAUAGACUCUGGCAGAAAGUGUCUCACACACAACGAACUUCUAAAAUACUACUGUUUCCAUGAUGAUGUUUUUCUGUGUGCAACCUGCUACAGCCUAAAGACCCAUAGCACUCACCAGGUCGGUACACUUAAUCAUUUAUGUAAGCAAAAAAUGGAAGAGCUAAAGAAUGCUUUGGAUAAAAUAAUAUUGACAUGGAAGAAUAUUGACAAGAGAAUCCAUGAUUUAAAAGGAAAAGCUAGGAAGGAACAAGAAAAGACAACCGAAUUAAAGAUCAGGGUUAUUAAUCUGUUUGUGGAUAUCAGAAAACAGGUGGAUGAGCUUGAGAAUGAAGUUCUAGAUGAGAUCAGUAGACAAAAGGAUGAAGCACUACAACAAGUGUCUGAAAUGAUCCAAGAAAUGGAGAUACAGAAGGAUGAAUUGUACCAUACAAUACUACAUAUUGAGGAGCUCUUUGUUGUCAAUGAUUCAGUAAGCUUCCUAAAAGAAUGCAAAUUAAUUCUCAGCAAAUGUUCUUAUUUUGAGGACUGCAUGAAGAUGGAGCAGGGUAUAAUGGAGACUACCAAACAUAAACUAGAUGAUGUACUGGUCUCUGUUAAACUGCAGAACAGCCUGGACAAUUUGGUUAAUUCCAUAUAUAAACUGAAAGAAAAAAGAGGGUUUUACCUUAAAGCACAUUCAGAUAUAGUAAUGGACUCUAAUACUUCCAAUAGUCAGGUCAUUCUUUCAAGUGAUCUUAAGAUAGCAUCUCAUGUGAAAAAAGAAGCAAAACCUCAUUUGAUGCCUGAGAGAUUUGCAUCCUCACAGGUCUUGGGUACAACCAGUUUUAAGUCAGGAGAACAUUACUUGGAAGUACAAGUCAGCAUGUCCGGAUACUGGGUUGUUGGUAUGGCUUAUCCAACUUUACAGAAAACUGGAAAUGAAUCCCUUAUUGGAUGCAAUGACAAAUCUUGGGGCUUGGUAAUGCUUAAUAACAAUCUAUCAGUACUUCAUAACUCUGAGAGUAAAGCAAUACGCAUAGAUAGCCCCUUGCGGGCACUUGGCAUUUACCUGAACUAUGAGGCUGGUCAACUUUCUUUUUACCAGCUAUGUGAACCAUUCAGACACUUGCAUACUUUUUCAGCCACCUUUACACAGCCUCUUUAUCCUGCUUUUUUUGUAUAUGGAAACAGCUGGGUAAGGAUAAAGAGCUAG